AGGCUUCUGCACGAUGGUGGGCGGAUGAGUAAUGCAGCCAGGAAGCCUGCAGGCCUGUGAUUUCCGCGCCAACCCCGCCCCUCGCGUGGACAUUUAUCCUCUACCGCUCAGGCCCUGCCGCCAUCGUCGCAGAUCCAGCGCCUAGAGACAGAGCAGAGAAUCCACCAUGGCCCCUUUUGCACCCUUGGCCUCUGGCAUCCUGUUGUUGCUGUCACUGAUAGCCCCCAGCAGGGCCUGCACCUGUGUCCCACCCCACCCACAGAUGGCUUUCUGCAACUCUGAUCUUGUCAUAAGGGCCAAGUUUAUGGGUGAACCAGAAGUUAACCAGACCACCUUAUACCAGCGUUAUGAGGUCAAGAUGACAAAGAUGUAUAAAGGCUUCAACGCCUUGGGGCCUGCCGCUGACAUCCGGUUUGUCUACACCCCCGCCACGGAGAGCGUCUGCGGAUACCUCCACCGCUCCCAGAACCGCAGCGAGGAGUUUCUCAUCGCGGGACAACUGCGGGAUGGGCUCUUGCACAUCACCACCUGCAGUUUCGUGGUUCCCUGGAACAGUCUGAGCUCAGCUCAGCGCAAAGGCUUCACCAAGACCUAUACUGCUGGCUGUGAGGCAUGCACAGUGUUUCCCUGUUCAUCCGUGCCCUGCAAACUGCAGAAUAACACUCAUUGCUUGUGGACAGACCAGCUCCACACGGGCUCUGAGAAAGGAUUCCAGAGCCGUCACCUCGCAUGCCUGCCCCGGGAGCCGGGGUUGUGUACUUGGCAGUCCCUGCAAUCUCGGAUGUCCUGAAGUCUGCUCCCAGUGGAAGCUGAAGCCAGCAUGGUGUUUUCCCCGCUCCCACUCCCAACUUUUUUUUCUCCAAGAUGGUGAAAUAAAGAGCUACCCACCCAGCA